GCACUUUCAUCGCUACUCACCUGAAUUGUGGACUUGCCUCUUGUCUUGGCCUCUCUCUUCACUGCCUUUUCCGAUACUGGAGCUAGUGGCUUCUCUCUGUCCCCAUCAUGUCCGACGAUGAGGUCGACCUGGAGCUGCUAGACCUUAUGCGGAAGCAUUGGGGUGGCGGUGUCAAACAAGACGGUCCCCCGGAAACAAGAGUGCUCGAAAAUGCUCAAUUCAUCUACGACAAUAGCCUUGAUGUUGCGCUGGACAUGCGGUCAACGAAAGUCGCGGCUCAGCUGGUGCUCGAUGAAAUGGAAAAGCGCGAGUAUUCAACAAAAUCAUGGUCCGAACACGAACUGCAUCCGAAAACCAAGGAUGAGAACACUGUCAACUUUAUCUUCACAAUGGACCUACUGAACUUCAGUUUCUGGAGCGAAAAGAACGAUGAAGAUCGGUUUGCUGUAGUCUACAAGGGAAAGAGGUGGACUGGCUAUUGGAGCCUAGUAGCAAUACUUCAGAGAGCCCUAGAGCAAGAAAUCCCCAUCACUAGCCCGGAUUUCUGGGUAGACGAGGAGGUGUGUUCAGAAGAAGUGCUGCGCACAGUCUUUAGUUCUGGCACGGAUGAGGAGAUCCCCAUGUUUGAGCAAAGGGUACGGUGUCUGCGAGAGGCUGGACGAAUUUUAGAGGAGGAGUUCGACAGUAGCGUGGUCACCCUCAUUGAGGAUGCAAAUAAUUCAGCAGCCGGCCUAGUGAACUUACUCACCGAAAAGUUCAACUGUUUCCGAGAUGAGGGCACUUUUGAAAAUAAAAAGGUGCGCUUCUUGAAGCGGGCCCAGAUCUUCGUGGCAGACUUAUGGGCGGCUUUUGAAGGCGAGGGCUAUGGUGAAUUUAACGAUAUCGACAAGAUCACCAUGUUCGCAGACUACCGGAUACCGCAAAUGCUACAUUCAUUAGGCAUCAUAUGGUACUGCCCGCCUCUCGAGAACAAAAUUCGCCGUCUUGAAAUUAUCGAAUCAGGGCAUACUUGGGAAAUGCAAAUACGCGGGUGCAGCAUCUGGGCCGUGGAGCUUCUCCGCCGUGAGAUCAGGAAACUCAAACCAGAUACGGAAGUUAAUGCGAUUCUCAUUGACUUCUUCCUAUACGAUUUGGCCAAGGAAAAAGAGAAGGAAGGAGUAGACGUAAUCCCGCAUCACCGGACAAGAAGUAUAUGGUAUUAAGAAGCGAUUGAGUCUAGUAGUAGUUGCCGAUGAAACAAUGCCUAGAGUAGUCCCCCGCUGACUUUCACUCUUGCAAAAGAGUGAUUGGUCGCACGUUUCUCAUCACAUCAUGAGCGAGGCCCUGCCUCGUGAUAUAUGCACUGCCUCCUCAAGGCCCCACCACUUAAACUUUAUAAGUGAGCUCGCACGUACGGCAUGCAAAGUCACCAUCAAGCCGCAAAUUACCGUACCUUUAAACUGGCUUUCACGG